GCACAGGAGUUUGCCCGAUGGGAGGAGUCUCGUGAGCGCAAUGGUUGGAGAUAUGCCCGAUUUAGAAGGUAUCAAUUCCUACCGGGAGGGCGGUGACGAUGGAGCAGAAAAGAUGAAGAAAGUCUGUAUUGUUGGGUUCGCAUCUUGCUCGACAUUCUCUUGCCCUUUAGCUAUUGCGACAAUCAACUUCGCAAGACACACCUAACAGCUCUUCAAUUGUCUACAUCCCAAGAUCACCAUGUCAACGGCACUUGUCACCGGCGGCUCAGGCUUCAUUGGCAUGCACGUGGUCAAACUGCUCCUGGAGCAUGGCCAUAAAGUGCACGCCACGGUGCGCAGCCUGAAGGAUCCCAACAAGUGCAAACCACUGCUAUCUCUCCAGUCAGUCUACCCAGACAAACUUGUAUUGUUCGAGGCGGACCUCAUGAAGGAUGGCUCCUUCCUCGAUGCAAUGAAGGGCUGCGACAUCGUGUACCAUGUUGCCUCCCCUUUCCUGGUUCCCCAGCAGAUCAAGGACGGAUUGAGGGAGUGUGUGGAGCCAGCCUUGAGUGGAACUCGGAAUGUGCUCCAGUCCGUCGACGAGACAAGCAGCGUCACGCGCGUCGUUUUGACAUCAUCUAUCGCCGCCAUGUAUGGCGACAGCGUCGACAUCCUCAAGAUGGAAAACAGCACUCUCUCAGAGACACACUGGAACCAGACGAGCUCCGCCACCAACAACCCCUACAGCUACUCCAAAGUAGUCGCAGAACGUCAAGCAUGGAAGAUGUGCGACGCCCAGACGCGAUGGGACCUCGUCGUCAUCAACCCGGGCCUCGUCGUGGGCCCUUCGCUGUCGCCCGGAUCGGCCUCCGGGUCCCUGUACAUGCUCGAGGCCAUGUAUCAAGGCGAUAACAAGAUGGGCGCGCCGGAGCUUCACUAUCCCGUCGCGGAUGUUCGUGAUGUUGCUGAGGCGCAUGUCAAGGCGGGAGAGAACGUCGAUGCGAAGGGUAGAUACAUCGUUGCGAGCGAGCAGAGCCUCAGCUUGUUGGAUAUGGCAAACUAUGUUCGGCCGGUGCAUAGGCAGCCGAAACUCUUGCCUACACGGAAUUUGCCUAAGCUGAUGGUGUAUGCUGCAGGUCCAUUCAUUGGCGUGUCGAUGAAGUGGGUGUCAGGCAACAUCGGCAUUGGAUACAAAGUCGAUCACAGUAGGAGCGUCAAUGAGUUAGGCGUUGCAUACCGUCCGCUGGAGGAGGUUUUUCGGGCUCACUAUUUAGCAUGGGCUGAUAGUAAAAGUAUCUAAAGGUACUCCGUAAUUCCUUUCAUAAUGAGCUACUCCCCUGCUUAAACCCUUAUAGUUACUCUAAUGUCUCUUAUAAUUUAAAAUGUUUGAACAUCAAUAUUACGUUUCAAAGUACUUUUUA